AACUACUUCCAACAAAGAGUCAUAAAUGUACUUCUAUGUUUAAUACUACAAAACAAGUAGUUAAAGCUUUAACUAAAUAGUCUUAAUUACUAUAGUUUUUUAAAAUUUUUACGUACUUUUUUUUUAUAAAAAAUAAUUUCAAUUGAGAAAAAAUACCAACAUUAUACCAUAAUACAUACAUUUACAUUGCCAGAAUUACCCAUUAUUUUUUUCCCCAAUAUCCCAAACAAAAUGCUUUGAAGAAGCCUGAUAAGGUCUUUUUACAACAAGAAAAAAAAAAAUGCAAAAUCCUCCAGCAGUCAAUCUCGAACCCGGUCGAAAGGAAAGGGACGAGGGAGCAGGAAUCGUAGUACGCUACAGUACUAGCAUUUAAAGCAAAGCCAAUCACGUCAAUAACCGUCCUCUCUUGCUUUCUCUCUCCGUUAGAUUUUACUCUCUCUCACUUUCGUCAUUCCUUCUCUUAUUCUACUUAUAAUUUCAGCUUCCAUUAUCGUUUGCAUCAUAAAACAACCGCCUAGAUCCCCAGUUCACACUAUUUAUAAUAUGAAAUUGGAAAUGGGAACCCUGAGUGAAUAAUUGUAAUUUAAAGUUUGAAGGACCAAAACAGCGGUUAGGGUUUUAUUUUGUUGUGGCCAAGACUGCAUCUAGGUUUGGCUUUUGAGGAAUGGCAGAGAAAUCGUGUGUUAAGCGUCUUCAGAAAGAAUAUAGAGCACUUUGUAAGGAACCGGUUUCUCAUGUUGUUGCUCGUCCUUCCCCAAAUGACAUUUUGGAGUGGCAUUAUGUGCUCGAAGGGAGUGAAGGAACACCUUUUGCAGGUGGGUAUUACUAUGGGAAAAUCAAGUUCCCUCCAGAGUAUCCCUACAAACCUCCCGGAAUCACCAUGAUAACCCCCAAUGGGCGGUUUAUGACACAGAAGAAAAUAUGCUUGUCCAUGAGUGAUUUUCAUCCUGAAAGUUGGAACCCUAUGUGGUCUGUAUCGAGCAUACUCACAGGGCUUCUCUCUUUCAUGAUGGAUAACAGUCCUACCACUGGCAGUGUGAACACAACUGCUGCGGAGAAGCAACGCCUGGCAAAAACUUCCCUUGCUUUUAACUGUAAGAACCCAACUUUCAGAAAAUUGUUUCAAGAGUAUGUGGAUAAGUACAACAAGCAGCAGCAGCCUGUUUCAGAGCAUUUAUCACCAGAAUCUCCUCGAGGAGACAAUUCGAAACCUGAGGCAGAAAAACUUGUUAACUCUUCAAGGGAAGAUGUUAAAAAAGUAGAUACCCUGAGGGAUACUAGAAGAAAAAGAAAACAGUCAUUCCCAACAUGGAUGAUGUUGUUGCUAGUUUCCAUCUUUGGUAUCGUAAUGGCGUUGCCACUGCUUCAACUUUGA